UACACAGGACCAGUAACAACAGUGUACGAACUUUGAAGAGAGUUUUGAAUGUUCAAGUAAACUAUACAAAUCAUCCAGCAUGGGCGCCGGUAUAACGUCAGGUGAGUGCAGUGAGCAAGAUACUGUCAAUAUCAGUCAGGAGGCGGUUUCUGGAAUGCUUUACACUCCUGUGGACAUCUACAUGAUUACUGUGGUUAUGCCUGUUAUUUGGUCUCUGUGUCUAGUCAUUAAUCUGACUUUUCUCUUUGUCGUGUUCCGCGUUCCUAAACUGAUGAGAUCCGAUACUAACAUGUACCUAGCGCACAUAGCAGUUGCUGAUCUUCUCUACGUGAGUUUGGCGUUUGGGUUCCGCAUCUGGCGCUACUUGGCCUCCCCCGUGGCCUUUCACACCCCAUUCGUGCACGCAGCGGGUUGCAUCUGCUUCUCCGGUGGCAUCAAUGCUACGUACUACGCAUCUAUCAUACUAAUUACUAUGGUAACCUUUGAGAGAUACCUGGCCCUGUGCCACCCCAUGAAACACCUCCGCAUCCGCGGACGGGGACGCACCAAUAAGAUGAUUGCCAUCUGUUGGGUGGUGGGCUGGCUGUUUUCCAUUGCAAUCAUCCCGGGUGCUUUCGUUCUCAACGUUCGAUGUCUCCGAUGGCCCGAUGACGACAUGUACCAAGACUUCCCAACCAGCUAUGCCUACUGUGGUCCGGUGGUACCGUGGGUUGCAGACUAUGCUCGACCCAUAUUGAAUAUUCCCUGGUUCAUGGCACUGGUGGCAAACAACUACAUGUACGUACGCAUCAUGCAGAUGCUCAACAAACGCACUACCAACAGAAGUAUCAUCGGCAACGACCCGAACGCCAUACAAAUCCGAAACCAAGUGGCCAAGAUGCUGAUUGUCAACGGCGUGGUGUUCUUCUUGUGUCAGACGCCGUAUCGUAUCUUCAGUUACUCCAGAUGGAUUACUUCACUGGCUAGCAUUCCUGAUCCCCUGGUUACAUUUUAUAAUGCCAACUGGAUCGGUGGAGUCCCUCAGUACGUCAAUACGUUGGUUAAUCCGAUGAUCUAUGGCGCUAUCAAUAAGCAAUACCGCACGGCAUUUAGAGAGGCUUUUCGGUGCAAAAGUCGAUCCACUCAACGUGCAAGUGCCGGGUCAACGAUGUCAACUCUUGCGACAAGAUCAUCGUUUGGCAUUGAUGAACAGGCCACAGUAAGUCAGUAAAUAAUGAACUGCUUACUGCUUCAGUGUUUGAAUCCUUUUCAAUUCUCAUAAUGCCUAUUCAUACUUGAAAAUGAAGUAUAUAUACCAAAGAUUCAAGUUCAAUCGUGAUGAAGACUUUUCUGUAACUAUUUGAUGAAAUUUACUUCGA